AUGAGGAAAACCACCAGUGAAGAAGAGGAAGCAGAAAGCCAAAGGGAGAAAGAGUUGAAGCUAAGUGUUAUCGUUUGGAAAGAUGUGGGAAAAGUUGUGGGCUCAGAUAGCAGCUCAAUUGCAGGAAGAACAGACAAUGAGAUAAAGAAUUUUUGGAAUUCAUGUUUGAAAAAGAAGCUGAUGAAGCAAGGAAUUGAUCCAGCAACUCACAAGCCAUUGGAGGAAAACAUGGAAGCCAUUAAAGAUGAGAAGAAGAACAGUACUUAUAAUAACGAGAAGCCAAAAAUGGAAGCUAUUCAUCAUCAUCAUCAUCUUCAUGGAAAUAUUUCCAAGAUCAACGAAGAAUCAUCACAACAUUUUGUUAACAAGAUUGAAUUUGAUUCUCUCAGCUCUUACUUAAACGGUGAGUACAAUAACAAUUCACAAUUUGCAUCAGUACAAUACAAUUCCAAUAUCAGAUCAUAUGAUCAAAACUUUUUCUAUUCAAAUUCAAGUAUUGGGAUAGGAAGUUAUUCAAGUUGUGAACAUGGGAACGUGUCAAGAACAGAUUUUUCUGAGAAUUCAGCAUCUGGGUUGACUUCAUUUUUUAUGAAUGAAGUAAAAGAAAGCUCAAGUAAUAAUAGUUCAGUAGUGAGUAAUUAUUCAGGGUAUCAUAUGAACAAUAAUCCAGGUGAAAACAACAACAACAACAACAAUGAAGGUGGAUUUUCAUGGGAAUCUGAGAACAAGCUCGAGAAUUUGUUAGAGUUUCAAACAAAUCAAAUGAAGAACUUGGAAUUCAAAGGAAGUUCUUCUGUUGAAGAAUCAAAGAUCAUUCAAAAUCAAAUAAAUUCAGCAACUUUUGGAAGCUAUCAUCCUUUAAUGUCAAUGUCAGAAAAUGAAAGAGCAGGAAGUUUUGGAAUCGAUGAUGAACUGCAAGCUGACAUUGAAGGUGGAAAUGGGGACAUAUUAACUACUAAACAAAAAGUGAAGGAAAAAACAGUUGUCGAUGGUCAGACUGGACACGGUAAUGAUGGAACAGUAGCUAAUAGUGAGAAGGAAGAUGGCAUCAAUGCUGAGCUAGCCUUGCUCCUUCUGAAGAUGCAAUUGUUGAUUCUCUUUUAG